CUUGAGAGAAAAAAACUGAAACCAAAAUAAAAUAAAAGCGAGCUCAGCUUGAACAAAUUUAUAAACUGUAAGCAUUUUGCAUGAUGAAGCUGCAACUUUGCAUUUGGUUGUGCAACUGUCUUGUGUUGCAGCUAAACGGCCAUUGCCUUAGAGCGCCACCACCCACUGUUGACACAGCCCCGUCAGUCAGCGCACACCACAUGUGGCAGCAGCCCGCUGACGCUGACGCUGACGCAAGCGCCUGCCAUCGACCAGCGAUUGAAGCAGCAGCAGCAGCAGCAACAACAGCAACUGACUGCCAUGUGGCGCCACACAAUAAAGGAUACGCAACAACUGCCAGUCCACCCGCUGAGUAUGUGGCCAACUAUGUCUAUCAGUGCGCCACCAAGCGCGCAACAGCUUCAUCUAAGCGCAACAUAAGCAAAUGCAACGUGAAUACGCAGACAACGAAGAAAGUAGCGCAAGUUGUGCAACAAAUAUCAGCAAACAAUUCUUAGCCAUAGUCGUUAGCUAAGCCAGACAUAUAUAUUUAUAUAAUUUAGCAUUCAAAAUAUAUUUUAGCUCGUAUUGAAUGCGCGAGCAACAAACAAGUCAUGCUACAAAUAUUAGCGAAGAAUUCUUAGCCAUAAUAGACGAAUAAGUCAAGCGUUUAUAUUUGUAUAAUUUAUAAU